ACUGUGCGCUCUGCUAUCAUUGGUCUCCGUAGAGCAGGCAUUGCGCACAGCUCCUGCUAGAGCACACGGGGCGCCUGUCGUACGUUCAGCUCCUCAUUACUAUCUGGGAGCAGCAGCAGUAACUACGCGCCGCUACACAAGUGCCAGUGCUGUCCCUGUCCCAGGCAGAGAUUUCAUAAUGCAGCUUAGGCACGGUCCCCCUUCAUGAAUAGACUGAUAAGUAGAGGGGCGCCAUUGUAAGCUGCCUGGCACUCACUAACUGCCCUUACAGGGAUCUCAUCAUAGGGGGCUACUGUUUGGUGGGCUGCACCACAGAGGGCUGGCACGUUCAUAGGAGAGCGGACACUAGCUGUGCUGAAGGCUGGGGUCGCUGUCAUGUUUGUGUGCUGAGGUGAACAGGAGAAAACAAUCAGGAGGGCUAUGUCCAUGUGCACUCACGCCCGACUUGUCACUUUCCGGAUGGGGAGGAUACAGUGUGGAGUUUGUGGUACAGACACCUCUGCUUACCUGCUGGUAUAGCCUUUCUAAAAUGGACAACCUGUUAACUACUGUCAACUAAUUUGGAAAGAAAAACAUACAGAUCAACAAAGCUGUUAAGCAUUAACGCCAGGUGGAAUGAAUGGGAGAACCUGCAAUAUGAGCCAUCGGGUAACAGCAUCUUCUCAGGCACCCAGUAUGAUCAAUGGACAACAGAUCCCCCCCAUUAGAGUCCAUACAGGAACUCCCUGCCCUUCCUCCAAUAGUGCCACUCCCAGCCCUGCGAACGGAGGGCUAUAUUUAAAGAUGCCUAUGGGUGGUGGUGUAGCUCCUCAGAGCAGUGAGAGCAUUGUACACUUACCUGCUUUAAGUCCCAGAAGGCAAGUCGUCACAAAUGGAAAGCCUUUAUUCCAAGUUCCCCAGCCUCCAAAUCUGCAUGCCUCCUCAUUAUCCAAGCCAAAACAUCAUGAGUUUGGAGCUGCUUUCCCAGCAGGAUGUUUAAAAGGAAAUCUUGGCUUUGGGCCACAGAGCAAGACUUCAGGGAAGGGCAGCUACAACAAUCUCAUGGUCACCAGCAGCCCCAUGAUGGUUCAAAGAUUGGGUCCUAUUUCACCUCCUGCCAACCAGGCUGCAACAGCAUGCAACCAGAUUGGUCCCAGUCUACAGAGGACAUUUAAUCUACAGCACUUAGCCAUACCACCAUCUGAUACAAGAUCUCUUAUGUCUCGUGAGUCUCUCGCCUCCACCACUUUAAGCUUAACCGAGAGUCAUUCAACAAUGAGUGUAAAACAAGAAUGGUCUCAUGGUUACAGGAUCCUUCCAUCAAAUCAUGGUUCCCAGAACAGUAAUGAUCCUGGAGAUAUUCUUAGUAUUCCCCCAGGAACAUCUAUGUCCAGUAACAGUGUCACAAACUCAUUGCCCUCUUAUCUUUUUGGCUUGGAGAACAACUCUUCUCCUUAUCCCAGUCCCAGACAUUCUUCCAACAGGUCCCAUUCAGCACGAUCGAAAAAAAGAGCACUUUCUCUCUCUCCACUGUCUGAUGGUAUUGGUAUUGACUUCAAUACAAUAAUUCGCACUUCUCCAACAUCUUUAGUUGCUUACAUCAAUGGUUCAAGGGCCUCUCCAGCAAACAUUUCCCCCCAACCUGAAGUGUAUGGACACUUCUUGGGUGUGAGAGGUAGUUGUAUUCCUCCAUCAUGUGCUGGAUCAAAUUCUCAGAGAAGUCUUCUUGCCACCACUGACAACAUCUCACUCCCUGAGAAUGUUACUACAGAAUAUCAGCGUAUGCAACAGCUGGAACAAAAUAAUUUGCAGUCUGAUCCCAUGAACAACAUGGUGGUUAGGCAUGGCAUUGGUGUUACUGACAGCCAGUCAAUGGGUGUCUUAAAAAGUGAAAGAGUGGAGGACUAUUCAGGAGGCAUGGCUACUCAGACUCCUCUUCCAGCUCUCCCUUCUCAUCAAGGCCCUCCUCCUCCUUACCAUGCCCAUCAGCACAUGCAUCAACAUGACCUCCUAAAUCAGUCCCACCGACUUUCCCUUCCACCGACUGAUCCGGUGCCUUUGCUAGAAGAGGAGGGUGAGAUUGAUGAUUUCAAUGGUAAGCACUGUUGCAGAUGGAUUGAUUGUAGUGCAAUGUAUGAACAACAGGAGGAACUUGUACGGCACAUAGAGAAAGUUCACAUAGAUCAGAGAAAAGGUGAAGACUUUGCCUGUUUUUGGGCUGGAUGCCCUAGAAGAUACAAGCCCUUUAAUGCCCGAUAUAAACUUCUCAUUCACAUGCGUGUCCACUCAGGGGAGAAACCAAACAAGUGUACGUUUGAAGGCUGUAAGAAAGCAUUUUCAAGACUAGAAAAUCUAAAGAUUCAUUUACGAAGUCACACAGGAGAGAAACCCUACCUGUGUCAGCACCCUGGCUGUCAGAAGGCCUUCAGUAACUCAAGUGACCGUGCCAAGCAUCAAAGGACACACCUGGAUACUAAACCUUACGCAUGUCAGAUUCCAGGAUGUAGCAAACGGUAUACUGAUCCAAGCUCACUAAGAAAGCAUGUAAAAGCCCAUUCCUCCAAAGAUCAACAAGCCAGGAAAAAGUUACGAUCAAGGACAGAACUUGACCAGGAAAUUCUCAGCGACUGCCUCACAAUUCAACCUCUGCAGCCUGCAACUUCGCCACAGGAUCUUUCAGAGAGCAGUAUGGGAAGGUCUCCUGGCCCUGUUCAUGAUGUCUACCCAGGGGCAAUGUUUUCAAGCACUCAUUCAAGCAGAAAUGGAACAGCAGGAGGAACUGUCCCUCCAUCACUUCCUCCAAGUCAUCCAUCUCCAGUGAGCAACAUGCAGGGUAGUCCUCACAAUCCACCAUCUCAGCUACCUCCUCUCACGCCAAUGGAGCCAGGAUCUGAUAGGUUUAGAGGUGCAGCUCCUUCCCCUCAUCACCUGAGCCCACAACGACUAACUGGUCCCCCAGGCAUGAUUCAUAGACGCACACCCCAACCAGCCCACGUUCAGCAGACAGGAGGCUCUUAUCUGAAGGCCUAUCCUACCAUAACAAACCCUUCUGUGCAGUCUAGCAACUUCCAUGUCCAAGGAUUUUAUGGACAGCUGCAGACGUUUUGUCCGCCACAUUACAGUGAUUCUCCGAGAAACAUGCAGCAUGGCAGCACAUGCAAUAUGGGGCCACUUUUUGAGGACUGCUUGUCUAAUGCGUGUGGAAACAAAACAGAAUUUGAUGCCUUCCACAGGGCUUUUACCUCUCACUCUGGCAUUACAGUUUAUGACUUCCCAAGUGGUUCAUCAGGCCUUUUUGGGGACUCACAAAGAAACGUGACAGAGGACACUAGCUUCCUUCAAAUAAAUGCAAUAGAUCGCUGUCCCAGCCAACUCUCAUCAGUUUACACUGAAGGCUGAGGACUAAUUCUUCUGUGCCCUUUCUCUAGCCAACACAUACAGGUCAACAAUUGCCAGGCGUCCAAAUCACAGGAGAGAACAACUCAAGAACAAUAUGCAAGAGGAGUAAAUAAUACGUUUGCCAACCCUUGUGAAUUUCAUCUUUUUUAUUUAAUAUAUAUUGGCCUCCAAGGUUUUUUUUCUAUGAAAGGGAAGGAAUAAAAGAACUGAAAAGUGCACAUACGUUUUUAUAUGAUUUUUGUAAUGCACUGAACACAAUGCUCUUGGGAAAAGAAUCAGAACAUACAGUACUACAGGCACGAUUGGAAAACCAACAUUGUAUUAUUAUGUCACCCUGUCUCCACCUGAAAUAAUGCAGUGUUGUGCAAAGCAUCAAGGUGCCAUAAAGUCAGCACACCAAGAUCUAAUUCACACAAAAUCUGGUUUCAAAAGCUAUUUCCAUUUUUUUUCUCUUUUGAAACCACAUAUGGCUCUCAGCUUGUGAGCAACUGGACCUCAGUCUAACUAUAUCAUGGAGAAGGAAUGUAAAGAAUUGCAUUUAUAUGCUCUGCUGUAUGCAGGACCUUCUAUUUGUAUAGCAUAUACAGUUUUAUAUCCAGUAACCCAAAUGGGGUUUACUGCUUGGAAUAGGAUGCCAAUGCUCUGUCAAGUCUUCACCAGUGUGCACUAAGCAGAAAAUAUGAAUGCCAGUGGUGAUCUUAUAGACUAGUGUAGAGUACUGGUUUGUAUUUUAUGAUGAAUUUACCCACUCCAUGAGUGGUUGGAAAUGGGACCAUCAGUUGGAGUCUUGUUACAAUUAAAAAAAUGUUUGCCUUGUACAAUAUGCUACGUACAGUAUAAUUAUUAAUACAAGCAAAAAAAAACAACUCAUGAUCAACCUAAGCUUAAUUGAAACGUGAAACGCUCAUUAAAAAAGCAUUUAAACAUUACAAAUAGCCAAUAUGCAGUGUAGUUUAAGGUACUGUCUUAUUACAAAGAAAAGGGAAAUCAUUUUUUCAAAAAUUUCUUUGUUUAAAUAGCACUCCAUGGAAAAUAUCCUCCCCAUAUUUCAGCAUGCCUAUAUGCUGAUUACCUUUGCCUAUUCUGUAAUCACAUGUGGACCUAUAAAUAUUUUCUGAACUUCAGUCCAUGGUUUUCUAAUAGCUUAUCACACUGUGCAUUGGCAUUUUAUUGUGAUAUAUUUUUAUGCCUACAAUAGGCAUAAGGGAGAUAAUACUGCAUUCUGUGAAGAAAAGCUAUAUUCCUAUUAUGGCAUAUGGCUGCUGUCAUUGCAAGUAGUACAAUGUAAGAUACAAGUGUCUAUAUUGCAACAACCAACCUUGAUUCCACUGGUGCAGUCCUCCUGAGUUUAUGCGGACUGUUGUAGAGUGUCCUGAGGCAGUGUGCAGGCAAGUGCUGAGUUUAGGAUGCUGAAGAGAUGGGUCAUACUAGAAGACCACCAGAAGGUAAGUGAGGAAGGGCAUUGGGCUUUAUGUUACAUGGCAAAAGGCUGCUAGUAGAAGGAAGAGCCCCGGGAGCUCUAUGUAGUAAUUAAAAUGCAACAGCCCUUUGGUAUGGCUGUCUGCAGUUGCUCUUUGAAGAGCCUUAGUUUGUCAUUUCUUGAGUAGACUGCUGACAAUGCAAGGGGAUCAUAUGAACAGCUUUGUCUGUACAAAUUAAGUUUUGUAGAAACUUGACAUUAGUAGUAUUAUUCUUUAAUGCACACUCCAACUAGGACACUAUUAGAAUUCCAGGAAUUCUGCCAUUCUGCAAAGUUUCAUUGACACUGGCAUCCAUAUAUGCACUAGUUUAUGUUGUAAAUACUGCUGUGUCCAUUAGAUUUGGAGCAACUUUGAAUGCCUCAUACAGAUCCUUAAGCUCUCUCCUGAGUCAGGAUCACACCUAGAGAAGGUUCUGGCAGUGCAGGACAGCUAUGCCCACAUAUCAGGGGCUAAAACAUCUGUACAUCAAUGUCAGAAUCAUAACUAUCAUUAUUUUGCUAUAUUCCCACUCACACCCCCCCCCCCCCCAUUACCCCGUCCUUUCCUAGUAUGGCAUUUCUAUUUUAGUCCUAUUCUAAAUCACUCCCCUAUUCAUGGUAUGCUCAUCUUACUUCAAUGGACCAGUGCCUUUUCUUAUUAGCAUCUUCUUGUUUAUGAUUUGGACUCUAAAUAUAUUGGACUGGCCAAUUGGGGAUGGUUUCAGGCAGGAUAUUUUAACCUUCCUCUGUAUCAACUACCAGAUAGGUAGGUAUAAUUUCCACAAACUUGUGCAUAAUGAUGAUGUGUGUGUUAUUUUAAAUCAAAUGCAGCUAUUAUGUUGCUAUGCAUGCUUAGCUUCCUGUACCUCCCAACCCUAAUAGGGUGUAUUAAAAGUUAAUGGAGAAAAAGGGUUUCCUUUGUGCAAAUUUAAUAUAGUUUUUGUGAUCCCAUAAAUAUCUAGUGACCCGUCCACUAGUGGAAAAACAGGUCAACAAAAUAUGUGCUGUGUGCUAUAAAAUUCACAAUGUAAUAACUGUCUAAUGAAGAAAAGGGCAUUAUGCUACAAAUAGGUAACAUCAACUCUCCUCUCUUACUUAACUAUAUUUUAUGACUUGGCUUUAGCUCUUCUGCCAAAAAUUAGUGCAAACAGUGUAAUACAUCAUUUACAAAUAUUAAAAUACAAAGGGGCACUUAAAGCUUGCAGCCUCCUGUAUGUACCCUGUCUGUUUGGUGGGAUUGGGACUUACUAUUUUAAUUUACAUAUUGCAGAAACUGUUCCCAAAGGCCCAUCUUAAAGCUCACAGGACCCCCAAAGCCAUGUUGUUGUUGUUGAAUGGCAAAACUUGUAUUGUUGUAGAAGAAAAUAUAUGCUGUGUUUACGUGUAAAAGUAACCUCUGUCUUUUUGGUUUUAAAGGGCAGAGAGCUGCUCUUGAGCAUCUAUUUAAUACCAGGAAACAUAUUUAUCUCUAGUUGCAAAAAAGCAUCUGGUAUUACAAUCAGGUAGUCGCAUAAUGUUAUAUGGCAUUGUUAUGAGGGUUUCCAUGGGUUAGAAAAUAUAAACUGCUUUCAAGGCACAUAAAAAUGCUUCAAAUACUUAUGUUUUACAGGAUGGAAAGGGACUGUACUUUAAGUUUACAGUGCAUAUGUGUAAGUCCUUGCACGUUAUUAUUAUUAUUUAAGAAUUAGACACUGGACUCUUCUAUAAAAACAUUUUUAACCACUAGGAUGUCACAAUUGUCCAGUGGAUAUCCUCACUGUAUUACUGUUACAGGUGUAUUAUCAGGCCAACAGCUCUUAUCAGUCAACAACCAUAAAAAUAUAACCUUAUUUGCUGUUCCAUAGUUCCAUGUCACAGUCCAGAUGGUAAUUCCAAUCAUUCAUGAUUGCCUCGACAUUUUCCAUUUAAGCUGAAAUGGGAAAUACAGUUAGAAUAUAACAAGUGAAAAAUAAACAAUCCCUCCAUGUAUUUAUGUCAUGUGAUUAUCAUUAUUAGCAUACUAUAUGUAUUCAUGGGCAGUGUGGAUGUGGAGCUGGCAGUUCCCCACAUUUCCACAUAUGCUGUUAAAUGUGGCUACAGGUCUAAAUAGAAAAUCCUGCCAAAUAUAAGCUUGUAGGCUAAAAGAAAGAACUUUGACAUUAAUUACAAUAAUUAUCCAUUUUUGUAUUCUUCCGGCUAUAAAAGAAAGCUUCAACGCUACUAUGCUGCUUAAGCUCCCUCUCUUAUAAAUGAGUCUGGAAAUAUGGUUAUUAUUUAUACAGCUUUGCAUCCUUGUCUCUUUUUCAUUGUCACCAUUACUUCAAAGGAUGAAUGACCAAAUGUUUCUUAAAAACCACAUUGCUAAUGACGAUGCAUGAAAUAUGAGAAAUAACAUGGGUAAUGUAGUUGCUUCAGACUAUUUUAUCGACUAAAGUCCAGUGUCAUCUUGCUUCUGCUGCUAUUGAUCUUUUUUUAAUCCCCAACUGCACUUUCUAUUCUUUUAUUAUUCAUGUAGCUGCAAAAAAACACGUGAAUGCAAAUAACAGAUAAUUUUAUUCUGCCAAAAAAAAAAAAAACAGGCCACAUACCGAAACAAACUGAAUAGCAGCUGUCCAAUGUAUGUAUAUAGGAAUUGUCACGUUAAUGGAUUUGCAAUAUGGUUACAGUGUUAAUGCAAAAGAGCCAUUAUCCUUACUUUUAUUGGAAGGCUCUGUUUUUAAAGGUAUAUGCAAUCACUUUGUAAACAGUCCAUUAAUAAAAGCUGCAGAUGCAGAAUAUCCAGAUUCCAGGGCAGCAUUCAGAGAGUUGUAGGUGCUUUAUAAAUACUGUAAUAAUAAUAAUAAAUAGCUGUGUGCACCCAUGCUGUAGAUUAAGGAUAAUAAUAAAGGAUAAUAAUUCCUUUUCUGAUUCUUAAAUGACCACUCCUCGAACUGCACAAGGACAACACUGCAUGAUCAGUGAUUAAAAGCUGUAACACAAAGAUGGCAGCCCUUGGGCCCUCUGGCCAUGAUGAAUGGGAAUGGGUAUCACAUUGUGAGUUACCUGUUAGCCCCUAGCAAAGAAAACAAUUGUAAUUAAUUGAUUAAUAUAAACAUAAAUUGAUUGUAAAUCGAUUAAUAUAAACAUAUAAAAUCAUUAUGUAGCUGUCAGAACAUUUAUUGUCAUCCCUAGUAGCAGAUUUGUUGUUUUUUUUUCUACAGAGCACUUUUGUUUUAUUGAUGAAGAAUAAUAAUAAUGUGCAUUGUUCAACAAAUAAGUCAUAAAGUUGGGCUCCGAUAAUAAACCAGAGUCCCUGGAACACAAAAUGGUUUAUUUGUCUGUGUAUUAUAAAACAAAUGAAACGUUUUACUGUAAAUACCGCUGAUUAUCUUGUGUAUUGUAGUUUAUAACAAGCACUUUGGUAUGGGAAAAUAUGGAAUAGUCUUCCAUUAUAUCAUAGAUCAUUUUGUACAGAUAUCUAUGUAAUCACAUAUAGAUUUAAAACAACAUAUAUCAAACUGUAUAUCUGGAUGAUAUUUUGUAUUAUGGUACACUUAUUGUUUAUUUGAAGUCAUCCAAUGUGUUAACAUAUUCUAUUAAUUUGUACAAUUUGUUUUUUGAUUUUUCACAGUUAUAUUUCAUAUAAUCAUAAGUUAUUUUGUCUUGCUCGAGAAGUCCUUUUUAUCGGAAAGUAAAAAUGAUGGGGUUUGUGCACAUUGUUACACAAUAAAACUGGAAAUAUUUGA